AUGACCUUGCAGCCGCUUCGUCUCAGCCAGGACAUACUCCUAGAGCUUUUGCAACAUGUUCCACGCCAGUCAGGUGUGGCCACCCUGAUGCGCACCUGCAAGACACUCCGAGAUGCCGGCACCAGGAUUCUCCUAUCUCACGGGGUGACAGUCGGAAACGCCACGCAGCUCCGCUCGUUUUGCGCGUUCAUGCUCCGUGACGUCUCCGCUCGCGCGCCUCAUCUCAGACAGCUCUACCUUAAGAUACGGCUCGAAUGUGAUCUGGAUGACGAGCCCGAGGAUGACUCCGAUGCGGCGAACGACUAUUCCGGCUCCACGUUGUCGAAGGACACCUUGAGGAUGCUCCUCACGGUACUACAGCAAACGACCAACCUCGAAGACCUUAGCAUCGACUCGUGCGAAGAGCUCCUCGAGCGCGAGAACAAGCUCGUCAACGCCAUCAUCGCGCUCGAGCAUGUCCACCGCCUCCAGGUCCACUCUGUCGGGGAGCUCGCCGGGCGCGUUCUCGAUAACAUCAAGUCCUCUUUGAUCGAAGUCGACCUGCACUGCUACACCGAGGAGAUGUACGAUCCCUCACCCCUCAUACCCAUGGUAGAGCGCCAUUGCAACACUCUGGAGAAGCUCAGCGGCUGGUACAUCGAGCUCGGCGACGCAACCGUGCAAUUCCCGCGUGUGCGCGCGCUCGCGCUACGCUCCUUCUGGGGACUCGACACGGCCACCCUCCACCGGGCGUUCCCGAACCUACAGUAUCUGGAGCUCAGCGUCCCUGCAGACCUCGACGCCGAGCCCACGCGGCAGGAGAACGCAGCUGCCAACAACCACCCGUGGGGCGUCCUCCGUCGGCUGUGCGGCGCCGUCGAUGCCCUGUACGCCCUUGGGACCGCCCCGCACGCGAAGGCCGUCGAGGUGGACUGGAUCGGCUCUUACGACGCCAUAAUGCUCGCUCGGCUCCGCACAACACUCUCCGAGGCGCGUGCCUCUCACGCAGUGCUUCAUCUGGGGUACGGCUACGGGUUCUCUUUGCCCGCUGGAAAACUACCGGACUUGCUCCCCCUCGGAGGCACGACGAUCACUCAUCUGGCGCUGGACAUCUGCACAAGCUCCGUGAUGGGGACUGCAGACGACAUGCUGUCGGAUACAGUCUCCCUCCUCCGCCAACAUAAAUUGAAGUUUUUCGUCCUCCGCCUCCACGACUCUCUGGAAGGUGCGGAGGAGCCUGCGUCCACGCAAGUCGGCCGGCGAGGCAAUAGUGGCAAUGAGGACGUGAACACAUCUGCACGCGGGUCCAAGUUCCCGCGAGUCUUUGGACGUCCGCGCCACGAGAAGAUCAUCCGAAUGUUCUCCGAAGCUGAUUCAUCUCUCAAGCACGUUGCGCUAGACGUGAAGGGUACGGAAGCCACGUACUGGGCAGUCGAGCAAACGGAAGCGGGCUUAUUGGUGGAAGAACUUAGCUCCGCGGCCGGACGGGCGCUGGUUCGUGCGGAGGAGCUGGCGUCGACAGACAGGAGCUUGGGUCUUCAAUACGUCCUGUGAGGCCUACAG